AUGCAAUUAAAACAAUAUUCUGUUGAUACACCACGCCAAACAUUACUUGCAGACGCUCAACAAAUAUUGAAGUCAAUUCCCAAUUGGAAUGUUGGUAAGACGCAUUAUGAACAUACUAAUCAUGCUACCAAGAUAACUCAUGAUACAAUUGAUGGUGAUUAUUGGUGUGCUAGACACAGUGUGUUAAAAGAUCUUCCAAUCGACAAAUUCAAAUCAGCAAUUAUUGGUACUACUGAAAUUGGUUUUACUCAUUCAGACCAUGAACUUCACUAUGUUCAUGAAAUUGAGCUGAUGGAAGUUCGUAACACCAAGAAAUAUGAAGAUAAUGGAUGGAGUUAUACUAUUCAUGCUAUCUAUGACUUUGGAUUUCCGUUGAACAAAAGACUGUUUAAUGAAUUGGUGCAUGUAUUUGUUUCCAAUGAUGAGGCAUUGGUUGUUAGUGUUCCAAUUGAAGGAGAAAUUGAGGGUGUUUUGGGUAGUUAUGUAUCUGUUGAAGAAAUCAAGUGGGGUAAUGGAGACAGUGUUGAAUGGACAGUUGCUACUACAUCAAAACCAGGAGGAAUUGUCCCUGAUUGGGUUACCAGAUUAAGUAUUGGUGGCGCAAUUGCUAAAGAUGUUCCUAAUGUUCUUGAAUACAUUGAGAGCAAGAAAUUUUUAGUUCAUGUUGGUUAG